AUGGCUUCGGAAGUCGUGCGAGAUUUCAUUGCCGGAUCAGUCGGUGGCUUUGCCGGAAAGUUGUUCGAUUACCCUCUGGACACGGUCAAAGUUCUACUGCAAACUCAAGGGGAAUCACUUCCAGCUGCAUCGGUAGCCCAAAUGUCAAAGAAAAAAAUGUACCGCGGAGCGUGGGAUUGCUUGCAAAAGACGGUGGAAGCGAAGGGAGUGUUGUCCUUGUAUAAAGGUAUUUCGUCGCCGCUUUUGGGCUGCAUGGCCGAGAAUGCCGUUUUGUUUUGGGCGUACAACAAAUUCAAGAAAGUGAUCAGUGGCUCUACCGAUGAAUCGAACGUACCAAUUAUAAAGCUAUCAAUAGCGGGUGCAGGAGCUGGUGCAGUCGUAUCUUUUGUGCUCACACCAGUGGAGCUGGUAAAAUGUCGACUACAAGUGCAAAACGCUUCGAACGGGAAUUUCAGAGCCUUUACAGGGCCAAUCGAUGUGAUCGUGCAGACAGUGAAAAGUGAAGGCAUUGUACGAGGCCUCUUUCGCGGUCAUCUAUCAACAAUGUACCGAGAAAUUCCCGGAAAUUUUUGCUAUUUCGGAACUUACGAACUUGUAUGCACAGCGAUGACCCCCGAAGGGGGUUCGAAGAGUGACUUGAGUAUGCCUACACACUUAUUGGGAGGUGUGCUGAGUGGAAUAACUUACUGGACUGCAUUUUUCCCCGCAGACACAGUCAAGUCGCUGAUGCAGACACGACCAGAUUACGGCGACCGUACAUUUACGGAUGUUUUCAAGGCUAUCUACCGAUCCGAGGGUGUAGCUGGUCUAUACAGAGGGUGGGGCAUUACUGUUGCCCGUGGAGCACCGGCCAACGCUCUCAUUUUUGCAGGCUACGAAUACACGUCGAAAAUGCUGAGGUGA